UUCCCUGUAGAGAGAGAGAGAGAGAGAGACGCCGAAAACAGACGAAAUCCAUUCAUUCACACGGCGAGAACAGAGCGAACUCCUACAACUCUUCACAUUCUCCGCACCAAAAUCCUCCUCGGAGCCUCGCGGAUCGGGCCGCCGCCGAGCCGAACUCGAUCCGCCACCGGUCCAUGGAGGGAGUCGGGGCGCGACUUGGCCGGUCCUCCACUCGGUACGGCCCCGCCACGGUCUUCACCGGCCCGGUGAGGAAGUGGAAGAAGAAGUGGGUCCACGUCCCCCCGUCCAACGCCGCCGCUUCGAACAGCAACAGCAGCGCCGUCAACAGCGGCCACGGUCUGAACGGCUCCACGGCUGCUGCGGCGGCGGCGGCGAACGGCAACAACGCCUCGCAUCUGAUUCUGUACAAGUGGACUCCGAUUACGCAGAGCGGUAAUACCAAUGGCGGCGGCAACAACAAUAACAUUAGGAGCAACGGUGUUGAUAAGAGCUCUGUGAACAGCGACGCUGCUGCGGAGGAGCCGCCGCGGCGUAAAUUCAAGUACAUUCCGAUUGCUUUACUAGAAGAAGAGAAAGAUGAGGAUGUAGAAAUCAAUGCUGCAGAAAAUGUUGACGAUGAAGAGAAGCCAAGUGAAAACGAUCUUAGUUCAGUUGAACCGAACAACAAAAAUGGUGGUUCUGAUGAAAAACCAGACAUCAAUAAUUUACCAAUGGAAGUGAGUGAGGAUGAUAGCAAAGGGGUAAGGCAAGAUCUGAAUGAAAGCACUCUGGAUUUGAGUUUGAGUUUCAAGGCAGGUGACGGGAACCAUGAUGUGGAAUGAAAAUAAGAUGAAGUGGUGGAUUGGCAGCUCAGGAAGAUGUGAUACAAAAUUACAUCUACAGGUUUCGUCGAUGCAAAGGGAGAAAGCAGAGGUUUCUUUCCUUUGCGGACCCAAGCAAGAGUCUACGGGACUUCCAUUUUUUCAUGAGCUGUCAGCUUUCAUCUCUGCCCUUUAACCCGAGUUAUCCUGAGUUCUUGAUCAUUCUGGUCAGUACAAGGCGGGCGCUGUGCUUAAUUUUAGUUGCUAAACAUUGAUUUGCAUCUAUUCUUUGAGUCUGGACUUGCUGGAGAUGCUAACUUAAAUGUUAGUGGAACGAGAUACAUAGUUAAACUCUUGACACAA